CGGAGAGGUCUGCCGCUGCGGAGCCUGGACGGAGACUUUGGAUUGCAGUUUUCCAGUGCAGAAUAACGGAGAAACUGGCUGAGACUAUCAGUUAAACUAUAUGCUUGACAGAGAACUGUUAGGAUGGGGAAUAGUGCACUAAAAGCCCACCUGGAGACUGCGCAGAAAACUGGUGUGUUUCAGCUGACAGGAAAAGGACUGACAGAGUUUCCUGAAGAUCUGCAGAAGCUAACAACUAACUUAAGGACAAUAGACCUGUCAAACAACAAAAUAGAAGUCUUGCCACCACUCAUUGGAAAAUUUUCCAUUUUGAAGAGCCUUGCUCUAAACAACAACAAACUGACUGCGUUACCUGAGGAGCUGUGUAAACUGAAAAAACUGGAAACACUACACUUGAACAGCAAUCACUUGAGGCAGCUACCAGCUGCAUUUGGACAACUUUCAGCUCUCAAAACCCUGAGCCUUUCUGGAAACCAGCUUCGGACUGUGCCUACACAACUCUGUGGUCUUCGCCACUUGGAUGUGGUAGACCUUUCCAAAAACCAGAUUCAAAAUGUGCCCGACACUGUGGGAGAAUUGCAGGCUAUCGAACUCAAUUUGAAUCAGAAUCAGAUUUCCCAGAUCUCAGUGCAGAUAUCCCACUGUCCACGCCUCAAAGUCCUUCGUUUAGAAGAAAACUGUCUAGAACUCAGCAUGCUUCCUCAGAGUAUCCUCAGUGAUUCUCAGAUCUCACUGCUGGCAGUAGAAGGCAAUCUCUUUGAAAUCAAGAAACUCAGAGAACUGGAAGGUUAUGACAAGUACAUGGAACGAUUUACAGCCACAAAGAAGAAGUUUGCGUGAUUGUAACCCUGCAUAUUGCCAGUAAGAAGAGUGAGCAACUGAAGCACCUACUUCACUGACUUUAACUUAGACUGAUGAAGGAGAUGAUCCCAGUGCUUCUCCUCUAGUAGUCUGAUAUGGUCUGUCAAGGCCAAAUUGAAUAAACUUGAACUAGAGACCACAGGUAUUGAACUGAUGAACCUGUGCAGGGGCCAGUUUUGGGUUUUGUGCCACUAUAGCUUUUAACACAAUACACAUUCUCCUUUGUCAGGGCUUGUUCUUUCCAAGAAAGGGAAUGAGCGUUUUCAGGUUGCCAGUUCUCUUUUGUCAGGAAGGUGCCUGUUGAUCUAGGAGAGAACUAUUUCUUGUGAAGACAUUUUUCCAUGAUGGCAUCUGGAAGUUCUACCCCAAAGCAGAUCUGAAAUUGUAUAUCUUGGAGAAAGCGCUACCAUAUAGCAAACUUCUACAGAAGAGGUUUUAGUUUGUAAUUUGUAUUUUUUUUUUUGUUAUGAACCAUAAAUAGCUGUGGCUGUUUUCUGAACUACUUUUAGUAAACAAAUGUUUCGAGCAUACUUCAUUCCUAUUUUCCUCCAUGGGCUUUCUUUUCCCAUAAGCAAAAAUUGCACUAUAGUUCACUUCUGCUCAAGCUGUAUCAAAUCAAAAUGAAGUUCAUCUUCAGUAUAUUCUGUAAAAAUGUAUAGUAUUGGAAAACAUCCUUGAAAUAUCCUUGCACUGACUCCCUCUGUACAGAGCAACGCUGAACGAUUUAGUUGUCAGCCUACUUCUGCUGCCUUAUUACCAAAAGCACCUAGGAAGAGCUAAAAUGUAUGCAAUUAUGUAACUUAAUACUGAAAAGGAAAAUGUACUUGUUUAUUUUAGUAAAUAAUUAAAAAAAU